AUGUUGCUGCCUUUGGCCUUAAUUGGAACAUGUAUGGUGAUUGGGGAUGGAGUUCUUACACCUGCAAUUUCUGUACCUUGUGCACUUUCUGGGUUAGAACUUGUUGUGUCAAAGCACCAUCACCAAUAUUCCAUUAACGGGAAAGAGAUGGCUGUUGUAAUGAGGAAGGUUGAUGCGAAACGUAAGAUUGGUUUCCCAUUCAAAACUUCAGCAAAUAUGCAACCAAAAGACCACAUGUCAACAGCUGGACUAUAUUUCGUCGCUGUGAGAAGCAACUCUACAGAUCUGGGUGAUCAAUGGUUUGAAAUGGAGAGUCUCAAAGAUUGCCACUGGAAGGCAAUACAAACUCACGGUGGCAUUGGUGCUACUGUUGGUGGUGAUGCUACAGUAACUAUGACAUUGCAGGACGACGAUUAUAGAUCUAGAGGUUGCUGUGGUGGUGCUCAAUUGGCGGUACUCAACGACCAGUAUAUCUUGAAGUGA